GUACAGUACCUGCAACAUUUGGAAGGAAGAAGACGAGACCUUAUCAUCAUGUCGCUGCUUUGACGGAGUAUUACUGACAACUUAUCUUCAGAUAAUCUUUUCACAAGGUCACAUUUUAUCUUUAUUAGUCAACCGACGACAAUAAUUGCAUUUCCUCCUCUCCGGUAAAUGAAAUAUUUGAGUGACUGCCAUCGGUACUGUCAGUGCUGAGACUGCUGCAAGAAAUGUCAGGAGCAAUGCUGAGGUCGUCUGCUGUCGUCCUCAUCCUUAUGACCAUGCUUGGGUUGUCAGCAGCUGCAGACAACUGUCCAGCUGGCUGGCGAAAGUACAAGCACAGCUGCUAUGUCUUCAUCUCCGAGUCUCUCACCUAUGCAGAAGCAAUGCGAAUCUGCAAUAUGCUCCGAGCUGAAAUUGUAGAAAUCAACUCUGAAGAGGAACACUCUUUCAUUGGCAGUCUCCUGGAUUUAAAUAAGGCAACUCAUAUUUGGAUCGGAAUGAACGAUCUAAUUCAGGAGGGCACGUGGGUAUCAGCCAGCAGUGGAACACCAGUGAACUUCACUAAGUGGAUUCAUGGUGAACCAAACGACGCUUCUGGGAAAGAGGAUUGUGCAGAUUACCAUAACGACCAUAAAGCGUGGAACGACAUUACUUGUGGUUAUAAAAACAAGUUCGUCUGUGAAUCAAGGUAUACUGAGAAGUGAACCAGGGAAGCGGCGUCUACAGACUCGGAGUUUGCAGGGCCAUUAUUUUAUUGUAAUUUAUAAUUUUAUUUUAGUUUACACCGGCUUUAAAGUAAACAAAAUAGCCCACCAGAGCACUAGCAUCUCUUUUGUCGUGAGCGAUGCCUCUUUAUAGAAGGUGAAUUUGUAGAGGAACUCUUGAUGAUCAGAAAUAAGAGUAGAAAGACUAGCAGUGGGUAAGGUCAAGGAAGCGUCUGAUUACAAUCAGUCAUUGAUUUCAUCGAUACAUCAAUGAGGGGAAAGCUGAAUUGAGGUUGCCAAUAGCUUACUUCCUUUCUCUCCGGCAAGCGGAAACCUGAGUGGUUAGAGCUCUGGCAUCGGAAGUGACAGCGCGCUGGUUCAAUACCCGAUUAGCGCAGAAAACUUUGCCCUGGUCAUGAGAAGAAAGAGGUCUCUAACACCUCAUCCCACAAAGACCUUUAAAAGCUAGGGAAUCACCUCUCCCUUUUACUCCCUUUCCCUCUGUAAUUUCAAUACUGUUGUUGAACGAUAAUUUAACAAUUUUAAUAAAUCUUUUGUACUUG